AUGGCAUUCCCUUUUGGAGCCCUUAUGACUUCAUCAUUGCUCUUUCUUGUUGUUCUUUCAUUUCCUAAUGUGCAUGCAACAGGCGUCAGCUCCUCAUGGAAACGUGCAGCUCACAAUGUUAUUGCAUCAAACCAUCUGAUUAAUGUUCCAAAAAAUGGUGGCCGCAAGUUUCGAACUGGUCCAUGGAAGAAAGCACAAGCUACUUUCUAUGAGGGAGGUGCUGGAUCAUAUGGUGGAGCCUGUGGAUAUGAUGAUGUGGUUAAAGAUGGUUAUGGCCUAGACACAGUAGCAUUGAGCACUGUUUUGUAUAAAAAAGGUAAAACAUGUGGUGCGUGUUAUGAAAUCAAAUGUGUGGACAGUCCAGGGUGUAAAGGGAAAUCUUCUAUUACUGUGACGGCAACAGACAUUUGUCCUCCCAAUUAUGGCCAACCAAGUGACAAUGGAGGAUGGUGCAACCCACCACGACAGCAUUUUGAUUUAGCUAAACCUGCUUAUCUUAAAAUUGCUGACUACAAAGCUGGCAUUGUGCCGAUAAAAUAUCGCAGGGUACCGUGCAAGAGAAAGGGAGGUAUUCGAUUCACAAUCACAGGGAAUCCUUACUUCAACUCAGUAAAAGUAUCAAAUGUUGGAGGAGCUGGUGAUGUGGUAGCAGUAUACGUAAAGGGUGAAGACAAACUGAAAUGGACACAAUUGAAGAGAGAUUGGGGUCAGAAAUGGGAGACUAAUGCCAUGCUAUGUGAAGAGACAUUGACCUUCAGAGUGAGGACAAGUGAUGGAAGGAUCUCUACAUCAAAGCGUGUUGCCCCCAAGGGUUGGCAAUUCGGUCAGACUUUUGUAGGCGAAAACUUGGGUAGGAAGUAA